AUGCCGUCUUGGACUACAAAAACAGGUACUUGUUCGCCUAAUAAAAUUAUGCAUGAAAUUGCUGCAAGCUCUCACAAAAAGCAAGCAGUUAAAGACGUAUUAUCUCCAUCAGAACUAUUAGAUCGGAACUUGGAAUCACCUCAAUUUGCAAAAUUUUUCAAAACCAACCAUUUCAACACAUUGCUUAAAAAAUCCAGGAACGAAUUAUAUUUGCUCAUAACUGAUUCUUCGUUCCAAUCCAAGAGGGGCAGACUCGUUUGGCAAAGCUUGAACUCUGUUUCUGGAGAAGGCGAUUUAUUUGUCAAUGGUGAUUUCAUGCCUGUAUCAGACAUUGAUCAAGACAUUGGUCAAGAAGGAGAGACAUUUAAUUCUGAUAUGAUGUUACUGAAACAGUUGCAGGAAGAGGAAGAUGCAGCUUUGACUCGUAAAAUGCAAGAAAAAUACGAGAAAAGAAAUACGCGGCAAUCAAGCAAAGAACCCAUUGUCAAAAAGAAUGACGAAGCAAAACCACCUUCAAAGCCUGUGGAAGAAAAAAAAAAAGAAUAG